CCCUCAGAGUGUGUGUGUGUGUGUAUAUGUGUGUGUGAGACAGCAGGGGUCCGUUAGACUGUAUCAGAGCGGUGUAGAGUCUCUGAGAGAGUCGGUGUUCAGGCUGGGGGCUGAGCGGCUGUUUUCGCGGACAGUGGGUGAAGAAAGUUGACUCAAGCUGAAAGACCCAAAAGCAGCCAAUAUGAAUGUUUCUCAAACAAUGCCGACUGAGGAGUCCCUCACGUGUCUUCAUAUUAAGCUGUACCAUCCGGAUCAGGCCGUAGAGGCUCUCUAUCAACACCUGCCCCUGAAUCGCCAUCACAAGAUGAACGCAGAGGACCCAGUCAGGCUGGGGCGAGACGGGCAGACGUGCUCUUUUGUCCUGAACGACCUUCGCGUCUCCAGAAAGCAGAUUUCGUUCUUUGCGUAUCGCAAGACUGGGAGCACGGACCUGCACUUCACUGUCCAGAACAUCAGUCAAAGAGGAAAGAUCAUAGUCAACGGCUGUGAACUGGGGUACCUCGAGCGAGUAGACCUGGAGGAUAAGGCCCUGCUCAGAUUCGGCAAAUACGAGAUGCUGGUGUUUAGGGAGCCUGGUGAGGCACAGGACAGUUUCGAGGUUCUGUUCCAGAAGCAGAACAUCCCACCCUCACGAGAAAUGGGUAUGGAUAUACCCUGUACGUUAGCGGUGAUGGACACUGGUGUGAGAAACUACCACAAUGGAGAGCUUGUGAGCCAGGAGCCACUGGAGUCUGAUGAGACUGUGUAUGCAUAGCUGUAGGAAAAUCCCUAGCUGUGCUCACUGUGACCCAAGGAUGAGUUCACCCAGUGGAGCUGUUUUUGUGGCUAUUUUGUGGCCUCGGAAUGGGGAAGGCCGGUAUUGAAUCAGCAAAAGAGACAGUUCUUCAUUUAACUGAGGAAGAAACAAGUACAUUUAGAGACCUUUCACCUUGAGAUUUCCCUGCUUCAUUCAUUUUAAUGCUGUUACUCAAAACCUUUUGUAUGUCCAAGUAAAAUGUUAACAAUUAUUUUUAACUGGAACUGCGAGCUAACUGUAUUUUUCUAAACACCGAGGCGGAGUUUAGCCUCUCUCUAGUAUUGUUAUUAUUCUUUUCUUUUUGUAUUAUUAAUUAUUAUUUUAUUAUUUUUUAAGUACUGUGAAUAUGUGGAGUGUGUAUUUACUUAUUUCAUGUGUAAAUAUAGGAUAGCAUGCUUUAUGAGCAACAAUGUGAAAUGGAAAGAACCAUGAAGGACAACACUUUGUAUUCAGUUUAAUAAAUGACAUUUCACAAA